UGGAGUGAAGCAAGUUCUGUUCUUCCUGGGUCAGCAAGUGGUGAUGAAGGAGAGCAGGGCAGAGACAGUGGAGAUAAGCAGUAAAGCACGAUACUGUGAUAGAUUUUGGGGGGGUAAAGGUAAAGGGACCCCUGACCAUUAGGUCCAGUCGUGACCGACUCUGGGGUUGUGGCGCUCAUCUCGCGUUAUUAGCCGAGGGAGCCAGCGUACAGCUUCCAGGUCAUGUGGCCAGCAUGACAAAGCCGCUUCUGGUGAACCAGAGCAGCGCACGGAAACGCCGUUUACCUUCCCACUUGGAGCGGUACCUAUUUAUCUACGGCACUUGCACUUUGACGUGCUUUCGAACUGCUAGGUUGGCAGGAACUGGGACCUCACCCCGUCGCGGGGAUUCGAACCGCCGACCUUCUGAUCGGUGGGGGUGGCUAAAUCCUAUUCAUUAAUAAAUGCAGGCGAUGGGUCUCGAAUCUGAGCUGGAAGGUCUUGACCUGAAGUCCAAGCAUUGUCCAAUGCUGGUGGAAUUUGAGGGAGUCACUUUGCUCAGAGAAAUUGAAGAGAACUGGGAUCAACUGAAAGGCUUCCAAGCACACCCUGACGAUCUUCUCAUCUGCACUUACCCCAAAGCAGGGACUACAUGGAUGCAGGAAAUUGUGUACAUGAUCCAGCACGGAGGAGACCCCCAGAAAUACGCUCAGGUCCCAAUCUACCUACGGAACCCCUUCAUAGACCUGUUUCCCCCAAAGCCCUUACCCUCAGGCUUGGAUGUGGCGAGGAAAAUGCCCUCUCCGCGCACGAUCAAAUCCCACCUCCCAAUCCAGCUCCUGCCGCCUUCCUUCUGGAAACAGAACUGCAAGAUCAUUUAUGUGGCCAGGAAUGCCAAGGACAACGCAGUCUCCUACUUUCACUUUCACCGCAUGAACAAAUUCCUUCCAGAGCCUGGCACGUGGGAAGAGUUUAUUGAGAGAUACAUUGCAGGAGCAGUGACCUAUGGCUCAUGGGCCAACCAUGUUCGUGGAUGGUGGGAGGCCAAAGAACGUCACCCAAUUCUGUACGUUUUUUACGAAGACAUGAAAGAGGAUCCGUCCCGGGAAAUCCAGAAGGUAGCCCAGUUCCUGGGAAUAGAGCUCCCAGAAUUUGUUCUCAACCAGAUUGUGCAGCACACAGAUUUUGAGAACAUGAAAACAAACCCAAUGACAAAUUAUACCACCUUCCCUUCUGCCUACCUGAACCAAAGCGUCUCGCCCUUCAUGAGAAAAGGAACCGUAGGAAACUGGAAGGAACACUUCACAGUGGCUCAAAGUGAACAGCUAGAUCAUGUCUGUGCCCAGUUAUUAAAGGGCAGUGACCUGAACUUCCGCACACAGCUGUAAGCAUCUCUCCAUGCCUCAUAGUGAAAUUUUCAGACUUUUGACUGAAGAGGAGCUGAAUAAAAGAGCCAUACUGUAUUGAUAAAGGGAAAAUCCCUUUGUUAUACAAUACUACUGAUUGAGGUGCUGUUUCUCAGACAGCUUUUAGAUGGUUGUUGUUGUUGUUGUUGUUGUUGUUGUUGUUGUUGUUGUUACAAUCAAGCAGUGUAUAAAUUUUAUGAAAUAAAUAACUAAACCAGCUCCCCACUGAUUGGAGUCCUUAAGCCAUUCCUAAUUCAUCCCCAGCAAAUGUGUGAACAGG